AGCUUUAUGGGUCCUGAAAGCCAAGGGUGUCCAGGGGUGCAGUGUCUCUGAGCCCUGUUAUCCCUCCCCCAUGGCCACAGAGCAGGCAAGGGGGCAGCACGGCCCAAACCUGGCCAGUGGCCCUCAGAAGCCCCCUGCGGGGGUUGUGACUCCCAAGAGUGAUGCAGAGGAGCCCCCGCUGACCAGGAAGAGGAGCAAGAAGGAGAGGGGGCUCCGAGGGUCUCGAAAGUGCACUGGCAGCUCUGGGGAGCAGACAGGCCCUGAGGCCCCGGAGAGCAGCAAUAACCCUCCCAGCACUAGAGAGGGGCCGGCGAGCGCACCCCCUGCAUCCCCCGGGCCGGCCUCUUCUCGCCAGUCCCACCGACAUCGUCCUGACUCCCGGCACGAUGCUGCUCAGAGGACAUACGGGCCCCUGCUCAAUCGAGUCUUUGGGAAGGACCGCGAGCUGGGCCCCGAGGAGCUAGACGAGCUUCAGGCCGCCUUCGAGGAGUUUGACACUGACCGUGACGGCUACAUCGGCCACCGGGAGCUGGGCGACUGCAUGCGGACCCUGGGCUACAUGCCCACCGAGAUGGAGCUCCUGGAGGUCUCGCAGCACAUCAAGAUGCGCAUGGGUGGCCGUGUGGACUUUGAGGAGUUUGUAGAACUGAUAGGCCCAAAGCUGAGGGAGGAGACGGCGCACAUGCUGGGGGUGCGAGAGCUGCGCAUCGCCUUCCGAGAGUUUGACAGGGACAGGGAUGGACGAAUUACGGUGGCGGAGCUGCGGGAGGCGGUACCGGCUCUGCUCGGGGAGCCGCUGGCGGGUCCUGAGCUGGAAGAGAUGCUCCGAGAAGUGGACCUCAAUGGGGAUGGCACCGUAGACUUUGACGAGUUUGUGAUGAUGCUCUCCCGCCACUGAGGCUCCAGGAGGGAAUAUCUGUUGCUCCUGCGGCCCCAGACACCAGCCGUACCCAGGCUGCGGCCCUCCCCCAGGAGCCUCCAAGAUGGAGACCCAGCAGCCCCCAGACUACGUCUAUCCCUCAGAACACCUGGCCUCGAUGUCGGCUUGUUAUGUUAUCUGCCCACCCUCGUCCUUACCUCCUCCUACUCAAGCUGCCUGGAGAAGACCUGCUCUCAGCUGCCCACCGUUCCUCAGUGCGAACAAGAUUUGCGUCUCUCCAGACCUCUGGGAGGUAGGGAGUUCCCUGGCACUGGCAGCAUUCAGUGGGGACCCCCCAGUGGUAUGAUGAAUGGAGAGGAUGGCUGGACCCCUUCCACUACUUAUGUUUAUAAUUUUUUUUUUUUUAAUGAACUUGAGCCGGGUGUGGUGGCUCACACCUGUAAUCCCAGCUGUCGGGGGGGCAGAAGCAGGAGGACAGCUUGAGCCCAGGAGUUCGAGACCUGCCUGGGCAAUAUAUCGAGACCCCAUUCUCCACAAAAAGGAAAAAUAAAAGACAAAAAGCAAACAAACAAAAAACCAAAAAACCCAAGUGUAAAAAAGUGAGCUUGAAAGAAAGAAAGGGAUGAUGGCUCCAUGUAUCAAAGACAAAGAAAUCGAAGCUGGGGUUGUAGGAGGGAGCUGACCCUGUGGGGGUUUCAGAUCUGGAUAGAGGCUUGGGCGCCUGGACUCCUACACCCAUGAGUGACAGAAGAACCGUAUGAGUCUGGGGAGCAAGAAACAAACCCCCCUGGAUAUAUUCCAGGGUCUCCAAAGGCUAAGAUAUUAAUCUGUCUGCACUGAGCAGUCAUAGAAAGUGGCAAGGAUACAGACGUUCAUGGCCUGGAGUGGAAACAGCUGCCCUAAAGAGCCUAGAACUCCAGGGCCUGCCCUUCAAGCAGGCGUGUAGUCUCUCUCCAGGGUGUGAAAAGCUGAAAAAAACUGGAAAAAACCCUGCCGCUCCCAAAGGGGAACUUGUGAUAAAAACUACAGAUUAUUGGGCCGGGAGUGGUGGCUCAUGCUUGUAAUCCCAGCACUUUGGGAGGCCAAGGUGGGUGAAUUACCUGAGGUCAGGAGUUUGAGGCCAACCUGACCAACAUGGUGAAACUCCAUCUCUGCUAAAAAUACAAAAAUUAACUGGGCGAGGUAGCAUGCACCUGUAAUCUCAGCUACUCGGAGGUUGAGGCAGGAGAAUCACUUGAGCCUGAGGGUGGAGCUGCCGUGAGCUGAGAUCACACCAUUGCACCCCAGCCUGAGCAACAGAUCGAGACUCCGUCUCAAAAACAAAACCAAAAAACCCUACCGAUUAUAAAAGUGAAGAAACCACCAUGAAGGAGACGAGACAGAGACAAAAACGAGAGGACUGGCCUCUCAGUGUACAUAAUACAGCCGCCUAAGAGACCACAAGAUACAUGCAAAUAAAAGACGGCUAAAAGGGGAAGAGAGAUCAACAUGCAGUAACAGGAUAGUAUGAAGAGAGAACUGGAAGAUUUAAAAGGUAACCCAACAGGCCAGGCGCAUGGCUCAUGCCUGGAAUCCCAGCACUUUGGGAGGCCAAGGUGGGCGGGUUGCUUGAGCUCAGGAGUUCGAGACCAGCCUGGGCAACAUGGUGAAACCCUGUCUCUACUAAAAAUACAAAAAUUAGCCAGGCCUGGUGGUGCUUGCAUCUGUGGUCCCAGCCAUUCUGCAGGCUGAGGUGGGAGGAUCACUUGAGCCCAGGAGGCAGAGGUUGCAGUGAGUUGAGAUCGCACCACUGCACUCCAGCGUGGGCAACAGAGUGAGAAUUUGUCAAAAAAAAAAAAAAAAACAACAAAAAACCAUGGCUUCUGUUAAAAAAAAAGAGUAUAUUAUAUAUAUAUACAUAUAGCCAUUGGAAUGAAAAAAUAAUGGAUAAGCUAAACAGCAGAUUAAACACAAUUUAAAGAAGAUUAAUGAACUGGAAGCUAUAUCUAAGAAAUCACUUAUAAUGUAACACUGAGAGACAAAAAGAUGGAAAAUAUUAAAGGGUAGUUAAAAGUCACUGGAAGGCUGGGCGCGGUGGCUCACGCCUGUAAUCCCAGCACUUUGGGAGGAUGAGACGGGCAGAUCACGAGGUCAGGAGAUCGAGACCAUCCUGGCUAACAUGGUGAAACCCCAUCUCUACUAAAAAUACAAAAAAAAAAUUAGCUGGGCGUGGUGGCGGGCGCCUGUAGUCCCAGCUACUCCGGAGGCUGAGGCAAGAGAAUGGCGUGAACCCAGGAGGCGGAGCUUGCAGUGAGUCAAGAUCGCGCCACUGCACUCCAGCCUGGGCUACAGAGCGAGACUCCGUCUCAAAAAAAAAAAAGGUCACUGGAAGACUGGGUGUGGUGGCUCAUGCCUGUAAUCUCAGCAUUUUGGGAGGCUAAGGCAGGAGGAUCACUUGAGGCCAGGAGUUUGAGACCAGCCUAACAGCAAGACCCUGCCUCUUAAAAAAAUAAUAAAAAAAUAAGCUGGGUGUAGUGGCUCAUGCUUGUAGUUCCAGCUAUUCAGGAGGCUGAGGUGAGAGGAUCAUUUGAGCCCAGAAGUUGGAGGCUGCAGUGAUCGUGCCACUGCACUCCAGCCUUGGUGACAGAGCAAGAGACCCUGUUUCAAAGAAAAAGACAGAUAAGUCCUUGGGAGUCUCAGACGGAGGAAGUACAUAGAGAAUGAGCAAGAAGCAAUAACCAAAGAGAUAAUGGUUGAAAAUUUUCCAUAAAGACUUCCACAGACUUCAAGUCCCCAGACUGAAGGAGCAAACUGAAGUCAGAGUAGGGUAAAUAAAAAUAAAUGUAUAUCUGGAUAUAUCCCAUUGAAACUGCAGAAUAUAAAAAGCAAAUUUUAUAAAUAACUGGAGAGAAAAGUCAGAUUCACGGUGUUCUGUCAAAGUGUUCAUGUAGACUAAGGGUGGGGAAACUUUCUGUAAAGGGCUGGACAGUAAUUAUUUUCAGCUUUGAGGCUUCGGUCUCUGUUGCAGCUGCUCACGCAACGUGCUGUUGAAGUUUGUAGUGCAAAGUCAAGUCAACAAAUGAGUGUGGCUAUGUCGGAAAUUUUAAUAAAUAACAGUAAAACUUCAU